GGGAAGUAGAGAAUGGAAAUCUCAGGUGAGGCACUCAUCUAUGGUGUAGUCUUCUGCAUAAUUUCUACCAUGGUUGCUGCUGAUGGCUAUCCUUACUAUGGUGGAGGCCAACCAUACAACAAUCCAUAUUACAAACCAUAUGACCCCAAAUACCCUCCUAAUUAUGAUCCAUAUUACUACAAAUCUCCACCUCCUUACUAUAAACCCAAAUACCCUCCAUAUUAUGAACCCAAAUAUCCUCCAUAUUACUACAAAUCUCCACCACCUCCACGAUAUGAAUACAAGCCACCUCCAUAUAACUACAAACCUCCAUACAACAACUACUCACCUCCUCCGUAUGAAUACAAGCCACCUCCAUAUUACUACAAACCUCCAUACAACAACUACUCACCUCCUCCGUAUGAAUACAAGCCACCACCAUAUUACUACAAACCUCCAUACAACAACUACUCACCUCCUCCAUACGAAUACAAACCACCUCCAUAUUACUACAAACCUCCAUACAACAACUACUCACCUCCUCCGUAUGAAUACAAGCCACCACCGUAUUAUUAUAAACCCACAUAUCCAGAAUACAAGCCCCCAUCAUCACCUCCGUAUGAAUACAAACCACCACAGUCUCCUCCCUAUAAAUAGAAAUCUCCACCCCCACCAUCUCUCUCGCCGCCUCCCCCGUUACGUCUAUAAUUCAACUCCUCCUCUGUCACCUUCACCUCAUCCAUUACUGCCAGUCUUCAACAACUAUUAUUAUUUUACGUCUGAUCCCUGCCACUUGUGUAUUAAGCUAGGGGUUUAAGCUGUUUCAAGUUUUCCAUUCAGUAAUUAUAUAUGUAUCAGUGUUGCAUGUUAUGGAUGUACUCGUGUUUUACUCAUAUAUAUAUGUAUCAGUGAUCUGUGUUAUUUAAU